UUCCGGUGACGCAUUUCCAGCUUGACGCACCGCUCUGCUGGACCACAGCAUCCUGCAUCCAGAGGAGGUUUGACAGAAGGAGGAAUAUUGGUCUGUCAGGUGUGGGGUUUCUUCAUUUAAGUGGAGACAGACAUUGGUCCUCAUCAUGGGGGAACUCUUUAGGAGCGAGGAGAUGACCCUCGCCCAACUCUUUCUCCAGUCUGAGGCGGCCUACUGCUGCGUCAGUGAGCUGGGAGAACUGGGCAUGGUCCAGUUCAGAGAUCUGAACCCAGAUGUAAAUGUGUUUCAACGCAAGUUUGUGAAUGAAGUGCGGAGAUGUGAAGAGAUGGACAGGAAACUGAGGUUUGUGGAAAAGGAGAUCAAGAAAGCAAACAUCCCAACUGUGGACACUGGAGAGAAUCCAGAGGUGCCCUUUCCCAGGGACAUGAUCGAUCUGGAGGCAACCUUUGAGAAGCUGGAGAAUGAACUGAAGGAGAUCAACACAAACCAGGAAGCCCUGAAAAAGAAUUUCCUUGAGCUGACAGAGCUCAAACACAUCCUCAGACGAACACAGCAGUUCUUUGAUGAGAUGGAGGAUCCUAACCUGCUGGAGGAGUCAUCAGCUCUGAUGGAGGGGAGUGAGGGAGGUCGCGGGGCCCCUCUUAGACUGGGGUUUGUAGCUGGAGUGAUCAGCAGGGAGAGGAUUCCAACCUUUGAGAGGAUGCUGUGGAGGGUGUGUCGCGGUAAUGUCUUCUUAAGGAAGGCCGAAAUCGAGGACCCUCUGGAGGACCCCACCACGGGAGACCAGGUCCACAAAUCAGUGUUCAUUAUCUUCUUCCAAGGUGACCAGCUGAAGAACAGGGUGAAGAAGAUCUGUGAGGGGUUCCGUGCCUCCCUCUACCCAUGCCCAGAGACCCCACAGGAGAGGAAGGAAAUGUUGGCUGGAGUCAACAGCCGAAUUGAUGAUCUCCAGAUGGUCCUGAAUCAAACCGAGGACCACCGUCAGCGGGUGCUGCAGGCCGCCUCAAAGACAAUGCGAGUGUGGUUCAUCAAGGUGAGGAAGAUGAAGGCCAUCUACCACACACUCAACCUCUGCAACAUUGACGUCACACAGAAGUGUCUGAUCGCUGAGGUUUGGUGUCCCGUCUCAGACUUGGACUCCAUCCAGUUUGCUCUGCGCAGGGGGACGGAGAGAAGCGGCUCCACGGUGCCAUCCAUCCUCAACAGGAUGCAGACCAAGCAGACUCCUCCAACCUUCAACAAGACCAACAAGUUCACAUCAGGCUUCCAAAACAUCGUUGACGCCUAUGGCAUUGGGAACUACCGGGAAAUUAAUCCAGCACCAUACACCAUCAUUACUUUCCCCUUCCUGUUUGCUGUGAUGUUUGGCGACAUGGGUCACGGCCUGCUGAUGACCUGUGCUGCCCUCUACCUGGUCAUCCGAGAGAGUCGUCUCCUUGCUCAGAAGACUGACAACGAGAUGUUCAACAUGGUGUUUGCUGGUCGCUACAUCAUCCUGCUGAUGGGAAUUUUCUCCAUGUACACCGGCAUCAUUUACAACGACUGCUUCUCUAAGUCGCUCAACAUGUUUGGCUCAGGGUGGAGCGUCAGACCCAUGUUUAGCCCCAAAGGAGCCAACUGGUCGUUUGAAACACUUGAUGGAAAUGCAGUUCUCCAGUUAGAUCCUGCUGUCCCUGGGGUGUUCAGCGGGCCUUAUCCUCUCGGCAUCGAUCCGAUCUGGAACGUUGCCACAAACAAGCUGACCUUCCUGAACUCCUUUAAAAUGAAGAUGUCUGUGAUCCUGGGCGUCAUUCACAUGAUCUUUGGAGUUUCUCUCAGUCUUUUCAACCACUUGUACUUCAAGAAGCCUCUGAACAUCUUCCUUGGCUUCAUCCCAGAGAUCGUCUUCAUGUCCAGCCUGUUUGGCUACCUUGUUCUGCUGGUCUUCUAUAAGUGGACGGCCUACGAUGCCCGCACUUCCAAAGACGCUCCAAGCUUGCUCAUCCACUUCAUCAACAUGUGUCUGUUUAACUACAGUGACCCCACUAACAAGCCGCUCUACGCAGGACAGAUGGGGAUCCAGGUUUUGUUGGUGCUGAUUGCCCUUGCAUGUGUACCCUGUAUGCUGGUUGUGAAAACUUGGGUGCUUCGGCGUCAGCACCUGUGGAAAAAGCACCUGUCCCAGAAGAGGGAAGAAACCCCUGCAGAGAAUCUAGAGCAGUCUUUAGAGAAAACAGGCGUGUCCUCAUCAUGCACCGGACUCACCCAACAGGGCACGCAGAAGUUUGGAGGGGCGCGGGUGGGCAACGGGCCCACGGAGGACGAGGCUGGCAUCAUGGACCACGACCAGCUCUCCCAGCACUCAGAGGAGGGAGAUGAGCACUCAGAGGAGGAGCCGUUUGACUUUGGUGAUGUUGCAGUUCACCAGGCCAUCCACACCAUAGAGUACUGUCUGGGAUGCAUCUCCAACACAGCCUCGUACCUGCGUCUCUGGGCCCUCAGUUUGGCUCAUGCUCAGUUGUCAGAGGUCCUCUGGUCCAUGGUGAUGCACCUGGGUCUGUCAUCCAGGAGUGGGGGCGGGUUCUUCGGCCUGUCCAUCAUCUUUGCAUUCUUUGCAACUCUCACUGUUGCCAUCCUGCUUGUAAUGGAGGGGCUGUCAGCUUUCCUGCAUGCCCUGCGUCUGCACUGGGUGGAGUUCCAGAACAAAUUCUACUCCGGUCAGGGAUUCAAGUUCGUCCCCUUCUCUUUUGAGAGCAUCCUGGAGGGACGAUUUGACGAGUGAUGGGCCCCUGACCCUCCUCUCUUCUUCUCUGUGUUUGUAUUUGUGUGUGUAUGCAUGAGCCAAAGUGCAGCCCUCUUCCACCCUCUAGUGGUCCUUGUGAAACUCUUACUGUGUGAGUUGUGCUGUAGUCUGUGUAAAGGGUUUUUUCCAGUGCUCUGGUGCCAAGCUGUUCUCAUACUGGAGCUUCUUUUAGUGUGGCACAGUAACAUCUAUGUGCUUCACCAUGAACCGUUAGGUUUCCCUCAAACAUAUCCAUCAUCAAACAGUGAGGACAGUCUGUGUUCGUUGAGAUUCAUUAGGUGGAGAGCAGAAGUUGUCAAAUUUAAACCGCAAAAAUAUGUCAGUGCACACAUGAAUCAUCUGUGGUUUCUUUGGAUUCACAGUUCCCAACGAGGUCUCUCUACAUAGGUGAAUUAACACUGAAUGGAUCCAUGCUGUCAACUAACUCCCAACACUGAAGGCUGUUUCUCUCAGAAUGGAGUUAAAAUUACACUUUGGGAGUUAAAAUCAACUCUGAAAUGUUUAACAGUGAGACUUCCACACUCCUAACAUUGUGUUAAAUUUUGCCAGUGCUUCUGGCAUUAUAGUGUUAGUUAUAUGUUGCUAUUAAGUAGCUACUUAGCAGCACUAGAAUAACACAUACUAUCAGUAUUUAGGAACUACACUGUGCCAGAUCCACCCGGCCUGUUCGAUGGCCAUGUCUGGCCCAUGUCUUUGAAACACGCGUGAUUGUCGUGGGUUGAGUUUCCUGCGUGGUCCUCCAUACAGUCGAAUCCAAACAAGGCUUUUUUACAAAAUUAACCUUCCGUUUGGGAAACAGGAUGAGAAAAAAACCUGUGUCAUGAUGUGGGUAUCUUGAGUCACUUUUUUAGACACCCAAAGCACAACUUUUAACCACAAUGAAGUAAUGAAAUUAAAGCCACAGAUGACCAACACUUAGGGCACACACCAUGUAAAUGGGUGGCUCAGGUUCAAGGUUUUUGGCUCCUUUCCCAUUAGUGCUGCCAGUUAAUCUAAUCACAGUCACAAUGUCAGGCUGUGCAAUUACAUAAUCACAUAAAAGGCUGCAGUUAUUUCUGUAUUAACUGGAGAGGUUUAAAAAAAAUCCUGCAGAAAGGCCUUUAAGUUAACAAUAGUUUCACUUUGUAGAAGCAUCUUUAUUGUGAAAGAAGUACUGUAAAAACAACUUAAUGUUUGUAUGUUUUGAGUUGAGAAUCCAGACUUCAAAACGUUCAUUAUUCUCUGCAUUUCUCUUGAUAACCAGGAAGUAGACUCAUGAUACCUUCAUGACUUAAUGUGUAAUUGCAAUCGCAGCAUUGUCCUGUAUAAUCACAACUGCACAUUUUUGCCAAAUCCUGCAGCACCAAUUCCCACAUGGAAUUCCCCACUCUCUCAUUCCUGUUUCCAACUCAUCCUUCUUACUAUUUCUCUAUAAUAAGGCAUAAAAAGCCCAACAAAAAACAUGAAAAGGAUGUAAAAGAACUAAGGUGACAGUUUCACCACAACACACUGAGAAAAUUUGGCCCAGGCAGAAGUUUGCUGUGAGAGGAUUUCUGAUCAGUGGAUCAGUGGACCAAUCCAAGAGCCAACAAAGGGUCAAUUGCAAGUGGCUUUUGAGUUGUAUUUUUCUUAAUAUGCCCAUCAUGCAUCACCACCAAUGCUUUACAAGGUCAAUCCUUGAAGUUCUUGAAGCAAAUGGUUCUCAACUGAACCUCAGCUCUUUCAGGGAGAAUGGUUUGGAAAUCUUUAUGUCUAAGAGCAUACAGCUUUGUAGGAAUGAGUUGAGGAAGUUUGGUUUUGUCGUUAGGAUGUGAAGUUAUCUUAUGUAUGUGUGCAGCUUGGUGCAUUGUAGCAGUGGAAAAACCUUUAAAGAUUCAUCAGGAUUGUUAUAAACACUGUCAGAACAACUUUCAUCUCUUCUGUAGAGUCAAAGAACCGACAAACAAUCAUCACAAAAUCCCUCAGUGUAUUCCAAGCUUUAGAUGUUACUCCAGUCUGUUUAUUAUGGGUGGUAAAGUGUUGUAAGCCCAUGAUUUAACUCUUGAAAACACUUGUACUAAGACUGGAGAUCAUGGUGUUUACACAGCAAUCUUAUUGCUAUUACACUUAAAAAUAAUCUCCAACAGCUGGUAUAAUCAGUGGAUCAAAUGGAUGUAUUGCUUUGUGGUUAUCUGACCAUGAAGUCAUGUGAUCUUGAGCCUCCCAAAGUUAGUCAAUCUUGGCUGUGGUCUGUAACCCAUCUGUGCUCAUUCUGUGUGAAAUAUCGUACAAAAACCUUAAAGACAUGAACAGAUAUUUAUAGAAUAUAUCAAAUAUCAAGAGCAAGAUGUGUGAAAUCACCUCCAGCUGGAUCAGCUAAGUGGGAGUAGUUUGCUUCUAAAAGAUCCACAUUUUAUUCAACAUAUCUGAAGUUUACUUUUUAAAUCAAAUGUGCAAUAUUUCAGUCAUGUGGACAAAAGUAAAGUUUGGCUGAAACUAAGGCAGAGUAAGUCAAUCAAAUGAUCCAAGUAUUGAUGUUGUUUUUGGUGUGUUGUGCCAAACACAUACAGCUGAUGUUGGUCGAUGAACGUUGAUGUGGAAGGUGGCGUGUCCCUGAUCAAUAAAUUAAACUAA